UGGCGCAACUGCACAACCACACUAGGUGUUCUGUGACCACACGAAAGUGCUAGCCGGAGAGCUAGCACUUUCGCUAACAGAACCGUUAGCUGGAGAGCUGACAGAACCGUACGAAAUAUCAACGCAAGAGCAGUCACGCCGCCAGUGCGAGCGUGUCCUAUCCUAUCCGAUCGCUUGUGAACGGACCUGAUCUGAUCGGACCAACAGCCGCAAGCUUCUACCAACUGGUAGUUGUUCUGUGCUUUACAGUUUGGGCGCCUGUCGUUGUGUCAAAGUGUGUUCGGUGAAUCUUUCCACGAUCAGGACAGCGGCGCUUCGCAACAAAAUGACGGCUGAAAAAGGUGAGGCGGUCGAGGGACUCGCGUCGGGUGACACAGCCGACACAGCCGCGAACGACAACGCGCCGUCUUACCCCGAACAAAUCGUGGCCCGGCUAACUAAGCGAGGCCUUGACUUCGAGCGAGCUUGCGAAUACGACGACAAGAACAACACGGCGUCCUGCUGGCUGCGUCACGAUCUGGACAGAUGGAGCCGAGUCUUGCACCCCGUGAGCCUCGAACUGGAGGAGACCAAACCGGGAGCGCUGGCGAUCCUCUCGACGCGGACUUGUCAGCGAGAGUACAGCGACGAGGACGAGCUGUACGACGGCGCGUACGUCUUCUGCUGGCUUCCGAAGGCGCAUCGGUGCGUGCAGCGCAUCAACCUGGAAACGUUCGAAGGCCUAGGAAUGGUGCUGUUCUACCGACCCGCGUUCACGCUGGCGUUGGCCCUAGGCCGGAGCGUCAACCUCCAACAGCUCGAGCUUGUGGGAGGCCACGAAACGCCCUUCAGCGAAGAGGAACUUUGCGAAGGACUGGAUGCCCUCGAGCGUCUCAGGAGCUUCAAGUUCGCCUCCUUGCCCAUAAGGCGUCCAUGUCACGAUGCCUGGCGAACCUGCUCACACGGAACGCCAGCCACCUCACGGCCGUUACGCUAUCCGACAAUCGCAUGUCGCAGAACACCUGCCAACCGUCUGCUGCGAGCGCUCCAGCGGUGUCGCGCUCUUCGAGAACUUUCCAUCGUGGAGAACAGCCUCACCAAGGGGAACGCGGACUCUGUAGCGAGGCUACUGAGGUUCUCGUACGCCUUGACCAAGCUCACGCUCGACCGGUGCCUGAGGAACGUCCCCAGCAUCUACCCAUUCGCCGAGGCCCUCAAGACCAGCACAAUUCCUCUGGAGCUCCACAUUAACCAAUGCGUGACGCGCUUCGAGUGCCUCUUCGAAGCGCUAGCGAACAACAGAGUCGCGCUAAAGCACUUGAACCUGAACGGUUGCAACAUCUACGGCAGCAACGCGGAGGCCCUCGGGGCGGCCCUGAAGCACAAUGUGUACCUGAAUAAGUUGGAACUGAACGGUGCUCACGUCGACAACCACGCCGUAGUAGCACUCGCUCGCGGUCUGGAAACGAACCGCGUUCUCGAAACGCUGGACUUGAGGAACAACGCGGUUUCGGCCGGCGCCGUCAGCACGUUCUGCAGAAUGCUGUGCAAGAACGAGACGCUGAAGAGUGUGAUGUUUUCAGAAGUACAAGGCUCGGAGCAAGAGAGAUUAACCCUGUCCUUUCAAAUGGCCCAAGACAAAGGCUACAGCCGCAUCCAGAUGCCCUGGGCCGAGCCAGACCUUCCCCCACUGUCUGCAGCCCUGGCGCUUGCUUCCGAGUCUCCAACAGAGCUCCACCUCAGGGACGCGAACGAUCUCACCGAAGACAGCAUUUGUGCACUGCUCGAAAACCUCGCCACAAAUGGCCACGUGAAAACUGUAAAAAUAGAGACAACGGUGGACCGCAGACGAAUUGCCACUGCCUUGUGCUCUGCACUCGCGUCCAAUCGAACGGUCCAGGAUCUCGAAGUCGGCAUAAGCAUCGACGCUUCUGACCAAGGGCUGUUUGGCAAGGUCGCCAAGGCACUCGCAACAAACCGCACGGUUACUCGGGUAUGCUUCAAAAGCUCCCAUAUAAGCUUGAGAUCACUCAAGUCCAUCGCCUACAUGCUGUCCAAGAACACGGCAGUCACCAGGCUGGAGCUGGGACUUUCUCAGUAUACGCCUACCAAGCGCCUCGCCAUUAUUUCGCGCGGCUUGUUGAAGAACCACUCUGUCGUGCACUUCACGCUAACCUGCCUGCCGCAUCCAAACCACGUCUCUUUCCGCGUCUUCAGUACGCUCCGACGAAACAUCAGUCUUCUGAACCUAGCGGUGAGCUUGCUUACGUGCCGGAGGCUGAACAGACAAGCCGCCGAGACGUUCGAGCUUCUAAGUGACAAUGCGUCGUUUGUUCCGUAUGUGAUGAAGGUGACAGAGAAGACCGAAGAGAGGGCAAGGUGGGCCGUCAAGUCGGCAAAAGUUUACAUUCAGGAACACUACUUCGAACUCACUGGCGUUGUGAAGGGAAAGCUGGAGUGCCACCCCGGCACGGGCACACAGAUUGACAGGCUCCACAGUGACUGCCUGUGCGCUAUUACUCAGUAUCUGAAACUGUCAGAUGUUGUUCUUGUAGCAGACGACAGCCCUGUUAGACUCCGUAAUAAACACAUUUAAUUUGCUGGUGCUUCACGUGUUUAUUCAUGCAUUGUGCAGAAACAAGCUCGUAUUACUGCUAACUAUCUUAUGAUGUACUUAUUGCUGGCACUAACUUACAAUAAGAUUGUCUUGACACUUGGUAAAUAAGGAGGUGCCACAUGCAUUGCAAGUCGUCUCUUUGACGGUGCUUUCCUAUAUAUACCAAAUGGUAGCUUUGCUUUUGGUAGCAUUGUUAAUUGUGCUGCCAUUGUUGUAAUAUAAUGCCACAGUAGCUUUCUCUUGAAAGUCAGCGUCAUGGUACCUAGCAGGUGGCCUUGACUUCAUUCCUCUAAAAGUUGUGGGCUUUGCCAGCUAUGAGAAAGCGAAGUCACUUAUACUUGUGAAAUAUGUGGUGCAGUGUAUCUGAGUGAAUCAUCUGUUCCAUGUAAAGGUGAUUGAGAACUGACUGCACAUAUGUAGGACAUGUUACUUUCAGCUGUCUGUCUAGUCAUCAGUAAUUGCUACAAGUGAUUAGUCAAAUAAAGUGAAAUGGCUGUGCAUUUUGGUAGUCACUUAAAGAGUUUGGUGUUGCUUAUCCAGUUGUAAAGUGCAGUACAACAACCCUGCCCUGCUUUUUUCGUGUCAGGAAACUACGCUUAACGCGCCAUUAAGGACGUUGUGUCGCUGUGAAAAUUGUGAUUACUGUGGCAAGGUAGCUAAGUUUCAUGGCAAAGCGUGCUAGCUUACGUGUUGUGCAGCCUUCUCAAAGAUGCGGCUUUGGUUCCCAAGGUGGCCAUAUUUCUGAGGGGGCAACAUUCGUAAAAACGAGCCACGUAGGUGCAUGUAUAGCUGUAUGUUAAAAAAAUUCCAGGUGGUAAAAGUUACUUGGACCCCCACUAUAGUUUGCCUAAUAAUUAUAUUGAGGUUUUGUCGCGUAAAACACCAGCACUUUUUUUGAUGGGCUCUAGCAGCACUGAAAUGCACUGUCUGUAGGCUCUGCCAGCUGACAGAAAUCAUAGCAAUACAACGACAGAGAGCUGUGAACUUGGGCAAUUUUGCAACUGACGUCAUGCUUUGUUGCCAUAAUCAUAAAAUUAUGCGCAUGAUGUCUUGAAUCUCAAAUGAGACUGAGUAAAGCCCUUGCAGGGGAUCUAAAGAGGCCCUGAAGGACGGCCGAUGUUCUGAGAUAAGAUUUCAGCAACAGCGAUUGCUUUGAAUGGCGUAGGCCGUCACUCUUCUAGCGAUUGAAGCAACUAGUAAUUGACACUUUUGCAAAAUCUUGAGUGCCUCCUAGCAUAUGCCUUGCAGACAUCUGUAAGUUGGCUUUCCCGCAAAAAUGUUUUACACACAAAACCUCUUGUUCUCAGACUGCUGUUCUUGCUUUGAGAGGGUUCACUCCUCUAUAUUCCUGUGAAUGUGUCCCAGCAGCUCCCAAGGCUUUCCAAGCAGUGCGGCAGAAAUUUCAAACGUCAUUGUACAUUGCCUUCUGUACAGAGAGGAAGGGGGGAAGGAAAGGCACGGAAUAACUGUGAAUGGGAAAAAUGGUUUUCCUUGCAGCUUGUAGUCGAGGCUGUUCAUGGGGAAAACAAUCAUGAGUGUGCCUUUGCAGUAGCUAUUUUGCAAACUGUCUAUUGCCCACCUUUCCUCAAUCAGCCAGUCAGUGUGCAUUGCAAGCGUUAUGGCCAUAUCUCCAUUAGUGAUGGUCUCAGAAUACGGCUUCAGUUCUGCAAUUAGACUGCCGACACAGUUCACUAAGCCCAAUGGGGAAACCUCUGCCCUUUCCCAACACAAGUAAGGGUAGUGUCAAGGUAGCAUAGGGAGAUGAGGUACACAUAAGCCGUAACAACUAACUACAUGAUGUAAUUUCUUUUCUACGAUCUUCCGCUUUAGUCAAACACUUAAAUUGAGGAUUUCUGGGGUUUUACAUGCCAAAAACACACACAAAAAAGGACAAGUUCCUCCUCAUGUGCCUCAAAAGUGCGCGGCCACCUUUGCUAUGAUAUAAACUCCUAGCGACAGGAACCACAUGCCAAUUGAGCACUGCCAACUAUUUUGCUCGCUUUUCAACCCACUGUGUGCUGAAUUACGACUAAUUUCUGCACUUUAUGGGAGCUUUUUAGCUAGCUCUGAUACCACACUGCAUUCACAAUAGUUUAUGAAAGGCGUUCAUCACCUUCUAGUCUGCAAAACCAGUAAAAAAAUGACCUGCCUUUUAUAUACAUGUCUGCUGCCUGUUUCAUUUUAAUCAUUUUAAUAUAUUUCAAUCUGGUGUGUUAUAAUUUACCAUACAGCUGAGUGCAUAACUGUGACCUUGCCCUCAUUUUGCCAUGAACUUUCAUUCCAUGUUUAUUCUGUGAUAUCCCCAAGAAGGGAACUAAGAUUCAUGUGGAGCUAUACUCAAUUAUCACUUGUAUGAAGCGUUAUUUUUACUUGCAUUUCAUUUUGUUUGUCAGCGAAUUACUGGUAGUAGAGCAUUGCGAGGAUUAAAUUUUUGAAGGGGUGGAGAUAGAAUCUUCCUGUAAAUACGUGCAUGCAAACAUUUCAACUGCUGGUAGUAUAGGGCAUUGCCAGGAUUUCAUUUUUCGAAGGGGUGGAGAUCAAACAGCUCCGUGUAAAUGUGCGCAUGCAUACAGUAAAUGUUGGUUGGUUGGUUGACCCUUGUUAAACUGGCGCGACCCACCUUCACGUAUUGUAGUCUCUCGUUGUGUGCCUAUGUGAAAAUAGAAUAAAUACUGUGUCUAUGUGAA